GCGUGCGCUGGGUGGGGUUUGGGUCAUUUCCUCCAGUGUCGGGUUUCUCCAGCUCACUGGCAUUUAAAUCUGCUGCAGUGGGAAGCCUGUGUGUGAGCGUGUCACCGUGGGACAAUCAGCUCUGCUGCAGGAUUUGCCACUUGUUUUGUCGUCUUUUCAUAACAGCAACACUGUAUCUCUAAUUCUCGUUCCACUGCCCAAGAAGAGGAUUCAUUGUAUCGCGCGGCGGCGCGCGCGUUUGUUGCAACAAAGCUUGAAUGAAAGACCGCCCGACUGCAUUACUGAAAAUAUAAGCCGCAUAUUUGGUAGGAAUGCAUGAUAUUUUGUAGUUAUGCUCGUUUGUGCGUUUUGUGUCGUGAAUGAAGUAGAGGCACGAGAAUCGUUUUAAUGAAAAUAACGUUCGUGUAUGGACUCUAAAUACAUCGACGUCAGCGAUAUCAGAUUCACGCGCGCAUCAUUCAUUUGAAAACACUACGGUCCUUCAUUCCUGCGUGCAAGCUCCUCUCUGUAGUCACAUCAUGUUCAGCUGGUUGGGUACCGAUGACAGGAGAAAGAAAGAUCCAGAAGUCUUUCAGACUGUCGGUGAAGGACUCAAGAAGCUCUACAAGACCAAACUGCUUCCAUUGGAGGAGCAUUACAAGUUUCAUGAGUUUCACUCUCCUGCUCUAGAGGAUGCAGACUUUGACAAUAAACCCAUGGUUCUUCUGGUGGGACAGUAUUCAACCGGCAAAACCAGCUUUAUAAGAUAUCUCCUGGAGCAGGACUUCCCCGGUAUGCGGAUUGGACCGGAACCUACGACUGACUCCUUCAUAGCAGUGAUGCAUGGGUCUAUGGAAGGAUUAAUCCCGGGAAACGCACUGGUUGUCGAUCCAAAGAAACCCUUUCGCAAACUCAAUGCCUUUGGCAAUGCCUUUCUAAACAGGUUUGUGUGUGCCCAACUGCCCAACCCUGUUCUGGAGAGCAUCAGUGUGAUUGACACACCAGGAAUUCUGAGUGGAGAGAAGCAACGAAUCAGCAGAGGCUACGACUUUGCUGCUGUUUUAGAGUGGUUUGCCGAGCGAGUGGACCGCAUCAUUCUGCUAUUCGAUGCCCACAAGUUGGACAUCUCGGAUGAAUUCUCGGAGGUCAUCAAGGCCCUCAAAAACCACGAAGAUAAGAUACGCGUGGUGCUCAAUAAGGCCGACCAGAUUGAGACGCAACAACUGAUGCGCGUCUACGGUGCCCUCAUGUGGUCGCUGGGAAAGAUCGUCAACACGCCCGAGGUGAUUCGUGUCUACAUUGGCUCAUUUUGGUCGCAUCCGUUACUGAUCCCAGACAAUCGCAAGCUGUUUGAGGCAGAAGAGCAAGACCUGUUCAAGGAUAUUCAAUCACUGCCUCGAAAUGCGGCACUACGCAAGCUGAACGAUCUUAUCAAGAGAGCUCGACUAGCAAAGGUUCAUGCCUACAUCAUCAGUUCUUUAAAGAAAGACAUGCCUACUGUCUUUGGGAAGGAGAACAAAAAGAAGGAACUGAUUAACAGCUUGGGUGAGAUCUACACUCGCAUUGAGAGGGAGCACCAGAUCUCCCCGGGAGACUUUCCCAACCUCAAAAAAAUGCAGGAUCAGCUACAAGCCCAUGAUCUAAACAAGUUCCAGCCUUUGAAAACGAAGCUGCUGGAUACAGUGGAUGAUAUGCUGGCACAUGAUAUUGCCCAACUGAUGGUUCUGGUGCGUCAGGAGGAAACACAGAAGCCCAACCAGGUGGUGAAGGGCGGCGCCUUCGAGGGCACCAUGAACGGGCCGUUCGGACACGGAUACGGAGAGGGGGCGGGCGAGGGCAUCGAUGAAGUCGAGUGGGUGGUGGCUCGUGACAAACCUAUGUACGACGAAAUCUUCUACACCCUCUCGCCCGUCAAUGGGAAAGUGACCGGUGCCAAUGCCAAGAGGGAGAUGGUGAAGUCCAAGCUACCCAACACUGUGCUGGGAAAGAUCUGGAAGCUGGCUGAUAUCGAUAAGGAUGGUAUGCUAGACGACGAGGAGUUCGCUUUGGCCAACCAUCUGAUCAAGGUUAAACUAGAAGGUCAUGAACUGCCGAGUGAUCUUCCGGCUCAUCUUGUACCGCCUUCCAAGAGAAAAAUUCCAGAGUAAGAUGUAGCAUGACUGACUUUGGAAAACAGGUUUAUUUUAUGGAAUAAGAUGGCUGGACAACUAAAAAGCAGGGAAUCCACUGCGAUACGCGAUUGCGCUUUAGUAUGACUGGACUGGAUUUGAAAAUUAUCCUUUGUAUAUUUUUCUGUUUGACAAACACAUCAUGCUGUCUGCCGUUUAAAAAUUCAUUUAAAGGAAUAGUUGACCCCAAAUAAAAACAUUUUUUUCUACAUAUCCCUGUCAUUUCAACCCCAUAUUACUCAGCCCAGUCGCAUGAAAUUACGUACCUGUAGUCACAUCAUUUUUUGAUUCUUUUUUGUGAUACUGUCACAAAAUUUCCCGUAUUUUCGUGAUCGUAUCAAAAAUUUAUUUUUAUGUGUCAUUGUCACGUAUUGGCUACUCAACUGUUUUGUCCUAUUUUCUUACUAUUGUAAAUCAGAAAAAAAUGUAUAAACCAAUACUUAAAGUGACAUCCUAACGCAAACACCAAACCGAAGCAAAAAUGGUUUAAAAUAGGAAAAAGCAGUUUAGUAACACGUGACCCAUAAACAGAAAUUUGUGAUACGAUCACGAAAAAACGCAGAAAUUUGUGACAGUAUCACGAAAAAGAAUAAAACAAAUUACAUGACUACACUGCAAAAAAUGAUUUUCAAGAAAAAAAUCUCUUAUUGGUAUUUUUUGUCUUGUUUUCAGUAAAAAUAUCUAAAUAUUCUUAAAUUAAGAUGCUUUUUUGAUUAGCAAAAUGACCUAAGAAAAUAAAAAUAUCAAAUUUAAGUGAUUUUGUGCAUAAAACAAGCAAAAAAUCUGCCAAUGGGGUAAGCAAAUUUUUCUUGAAUUUUUCUUGAAUUUAGAAAAAUGUUCAAGAUUUUUUUGCUUACCCCAUUUGCACAUUUUUUUGCUUAUCGUAUGCACAAAAUCACUUAAAUUUUAUAUUUUGGGUCUAAAAACUAGACUUAUUUUCUUGGGUCGUUUUGCUCAUCAAAAAAGCAUCUUAUAAGAAUUUUAUAUAUUUUUUACUGAAAACAAGACAAAAAUACUAAGAAUUUUUUUUCCUGAAAAUAAUUUUUUGCAGUUUAUAGGUACAUAAUUUUGUGAGACUGGGUAGCAUUACUUUACCUUUCAUCCGAACAAAAAGAAAUUCGCACAGCUUUUUUCCAUACAGCAAUAGUUCAUUGUGACCUUGUCUGCCAAAAAAUGUGGUUUAACUUGUGCAUUAAUGCCGUAUUCCUCGGGCCAAGAAACGGAUCAGUGAACAAAUAACCCUGUUAUUUUCAAUGAAUUGGUUGAUCUGGUUCACAAAUUUGACUGAUUCAUUCAUGAAAUACCAUGACCCGGUCACAGCAAAUGAACUGUAGUUGUAUGGAAAAAACUGCUCAAAGAUUAUUUAUUCAUAAAAAAGUGAAAUAUUUUAAGGCUUUGAAAUAACAUGGGAAUGAGAACAAAGUGAUCUUUUUUUUUUACUAUUCCUUUAAUGAAUUUAUGUGCUUUCGGAUUUUACAGACACAUUUACUGUAUAUUAUAAUUUAAAACACUCAGAAGAGGAUUUCCCUCAUUUGUUUGUCUCUCAUGACACUAAAGCUUCAUCAUCCAUUCAUGUGUUGGAUUUUCAUUAGUUUAUUUUAAUACAAUCUCAUGGCAACUUGUACGUAUUUGUACGGACGGCGGCUAAUUCGUAUUAAUUUGUAAGACCACAUUCGUAUGUUUUUGUAUGAUUUGCCUUUGCCCCAUGACGUUGGGGGGGUUCAUUUAUUUUUUAUUCUAAUAAUUGUUUAUUUUUGUACGAUUCACUUCAUACAAAUUCAUAAGAAUAAGCCACCUCGUAAAAUACGUACGAAUUCAUGUGCGAUCAGGCUGUUUAUUUUAAACUAAUCUGUGUCAAAAGAGAAGAUCUAUAUAUUACAACAGAAAUCGAAAACAAGUCAUUAAUCUAAAUGCACAGCUGUUCAAAUGUAACAAGAGAAGCAAAAUGUCUUUUAUAAGUAGGCCUAGGUAUUAUUGUUUUCACGUGAAGGCGGCAUCUUAACAAAUGCGAGUCCUUUCUAGCCUGACAAAGAGACUGUUAAAACUGUAUAGCCGUCAAGUCAGAAGAUUCGGUGUUUAGUGUUUUGAUGGACAUGUAGAACUAGUAUCUGUUAAUAGUCGACUGUAUGUAAUGUAAACAUAUGUAAACUAACUUGGGUUUUAGAAAACUUACAGAAUUCCAGUCUGAUGCAAUUCAGCCAUUUAACUUUAUUAAAGUAAUAUGCAUUCAAUUGAGCUUUUCUCUUUGAUGACUUUUGUGCUCAUAUGCAUCGUUUCAUUGAAACAACAGCAGUUGUAUGUAUUUAGUGAUAUUAUACUUUCCCUCAUAGUAUGAGCAUUUAGUGAUUCACUGAACUAUUUACCUCUAUCCACCCCUUGACAUGCAGUUAUCCAGAGUUGAUUCAUUUAUUCCUGAAGAUUAUUAGGAUCUAAAGGUGAAUUCAUGGGGUUUAAUGCACUGAUGUUUGUAACUGAACUGAAUGGCCUUUAAUCUGAUCUGCUUUUCCCAUGUGAAAUAGCUCUGCUUACGCAAACCGUACCUCAGUUUCAGGAAUCAAAGAGAUAAAAUUGUCCAAUUGAAAUGACAAAUGUUUAGGAUAAUGAAAUUCCUGCAUUACAAGCUAGCAGGGCUUUAGCCAAUAAGCUGCCUCUUUGCCUUUGGACACACCCACUUCAAUCUGAUAUCGGAUGUGACACUGCACAUACUGUAGAGAUGUACGGGAGAAAACAUAUUGUCUUAUACUACAAUGCUUGACAUCCUUCAAAGACUUUCAUGGAUCAAGUUGCAGUUGGAUUUGAGUGUCGAAUUUAUUCCAACUUUGCUCAUAAAUUGCACAUGGGAUGUUUCAUUUUACCAUAAUGUGUCUGCAUUUGUUUUUACAUGUACAUGUGUAUAUGGGGUGCAAUAUGGUUUGCAAGUGUAUUGUGAAGUAGUUACACUAAGCACAGGUGACGUGUUGCUCAUUGUGUGUUUAAACCAGUGCGUACAUGCUGUUCAGAGAGAAAUGGAUGUUAUUCAACUAAAUAAAACUCGUAACUCAUUUAAAGGG